AUGCGAUUCGCGCCCUCUGAACGGCGCUCCGAUUGGUUGUACAACAGUUUUAUCACGUUCGCACGGGUUGCACGUGAGUUGAAUAAAAAUCGCACAGGGCUUGAACGGGACUCGCACAGGUCGCACAACGCUUGCACGGGACUCGUACAGGUCGCACAGCAUGGACGUUUUACCGUUGUCGAGCGUUUCGCAAGGAAAUGUCGCACGGGAGUUGAAAAACAGUCGCACGACAGUUGCACAAAUACUGGUGGUGUGGAAAACUCAAUGAAUGAACUAAACGUGGAGGUUAUACCGAACUGGCUGUGCUCGUCAAUGUGGAGGCGAGUUGGGAUACACGUGCUGGAUGCACAAGUGUGUGUCGGGUAUGGGGACACCGGUGCCUGUUACGGAGAUUCCGGUGGACCCCUCAUGUGCGAGGUUGAAGGCAGAUAUUACGUCACUGGUGUGAUGUCAUGGCUAGUCAGCAACUGUUCAGCAAUGGGCUUCCCAAAUGUGUUUACGCGGGUUCCAAGCUAUCUCGACUGGAUAUAUGAAAAGCUGGAGUACUACGAUUGGUGGAGAUACAAAUAAAAGACAUUGAAAGAUAUUUAUGAAAUAACGAAUACUGUGAUUAGUCGAAAACACUGCUCCCCUGGUGAAAUACAUGAUAGAACACAAUGACCUUUGUAAAGGCGUGAUGUGAUGUGGAAUUCGAGUUAUUUUGACAAUGGUAAAAUAGUGUUGGUUUUCCUUGACUAUAUGUCAUGAACAUAAAAAUGGAGCUUUCAUUAUUGGCCCUCGUCAAGAAAUGUGGAUCAGGGUGUUAUGUGUAUAUAUGGUUGUCGACGAAUAAAACAAGACUACUAUUAAAGGUUAUAUCGACGAAAAAACGAGCUUGUUUGUGUGAGGACAAUGUUUGUGGUGACGAACAAAGACCCAUCAGACCACAUUACGGCUGUCCUGAAAAUUUAAUUAAGAAAUUAUAAUUUCAGUCUGCUAAUUGCAAUUGGUGUUUUGGGGAUUAAUUGCAAUUGGUGUUUUGGGGAUCGUAUAAACAAAAGGUAGUCGAGAUGAUGCAAUAGCAUGCCAUUUGCUAAUAGUGGAAAUAUUUUUUAUGAGGCGCCAGUUUACUAUUUAAAAGUUAUUUCUUGGUAUUUGAAUACAAUUCCUUGGUAUAAACAAAUGUUAAAUUAAUUUUUAAUAUCAUACAACUAUGCCAAACAAUUCCUUGCAUCAAGAAAUGCUGACGAUUCUUCGAGAAUUUGA